AUGUCCUACAACAACCGCGUCAAGACAAAUACAGCAGCUCCUAACAUGGGCUCUUUGCUCAAAGACGUCACACUACCAGCCGACGCCGAAGACACCAUCUCGUCCGUCUCGUGGUCGCCCGUCGCCAACCACCUGGCGGCGGCCUCAUGGGACGGCAAGGUGCGCGUCUACGACGUCGCCGCCAACGGAUCGGCGCGGGGGGCAGCGGUGCUCUCCGUAGAUGGCCCGGUUUUCGACUGCGACUGGGCCAAGGACGGAACCAUGGUCCUCGCUGGAGGCGCCGACAGAAAAACACACCUCCUGCACGUGUCCACGGGCCAGCAGAUGACCGUUGGCGCGCACGACGCACCCAUCCGCGGCGUCCGCUUCGUCGACGUCCCGGGAUCCAACGCCCCCAUCAUCGCGACCGGAUCCUGGGACAGAACCGUCAAAUUUUGGGACGGCCGCCAGCAAACGCCGCUUGCCACGCUUGCGUGCGCAGAACGCGUCUACUCGAUGGAUGCGAAAGCACGUCUCCUGGUCAUCGCAACCGCCGAGCGCCACAUCCACCUCGUCGACCUCCAAAACCCGACGGUGUUUCUCCGCACGGUAGAGUCGCCGAUCAAGCAUCAGACGAAGGCGGUCGCCGCGUUUCCGGACGGCAAGGGCUGGGGCACCGCGAGCAUCGAGGGACGGUGCGGGAUCAACGCGUUGGAUGAGCAGGACACCAGCAAGACGAACUUCACCUUCCGCUGCCACCGCGAAAACCCGCAGCCGCAGCCCGGCAACAACAAGCAGCAGCGCAACACCAACACCAUCACCAAGGUGUACUCAGUCAACUCGGUGCAGUUCCACCCGACGCGCCCGAUGACAUUCACGACGGCGGGCUCGGACGGCACCUUCAGCUUCUGGGACCGCGUCGCGCGCACCCGGCUCCGGGGGUACCCGUCUGCCGCCGGUGAUGGUAACGCGAUCACGGCCACGGCGUUUAGUCAUGAUGGCGGCUUCUUCGCCUACGCCGUCGGCUACGACUGGAGCCGCGGCCAUGCCGGGAACUCGCCGCAGGUCCGGACGGGGCUGGUGCUGCAUCCUGUGUCGGAGGAGGACGCGAAGCCUAAGGGGAGAUAG